AUGUCCAAGUUACGUGUUCUUGUCCCAAUCAAACGGGUUAUCGACUUCGCCAUCAAGCCCCGGAUCAACAAGGCUGGCACCGGUAUUGACACUAAGGGUGUAAAGUUCUCGAUGAACCCGUUUUGUGACAUCGCUCUUGAAGAGUCGUUGCGUCUCAAGGAGGCCGACAAAGUCGACUCCAUCCAUGCGGUUUCUAUCGGUCCUACUAAGGCCCAAGACAUCUUGAGAAUAGCUCUUGCUAAAGGUGCCGACAACGCCACUCUCGUUGACGUCGGCGAUGAAACGGUUGAGCCGCUUGCGGUCGCCAAGAUCUUGAAGAAGAUCGUCGAGAAGGAAGACCUGAAUAUCGUGAUUUUGGGUAAGCAAGCCAUCGAUGACGAUGCUAACCAAACUGGUCAGAUGUUAGCGGGUUUGUUGAACUGGCCCCAGGCCACUAAUGCCUCCAAGGUGGUGGUGAAUGGUGAUGAAGUGGAAGUCACUAGAGAAGUCGAUGGUGGUUCCGACACCCUCAAAGCUAAGUUGCCUUUGAUUGUCACCACUGACUUACGUUUGAACGAGCCCCGUUACGCGCUGUUGCCCAACGUCAUGAAGGCCAAGAAGAAGCCCUUGACCAAGCUUAAGCCUGCUGACCUUGAUGUUGAUAUCGCGGGAAGAUUGGAAACUCUCAAGGUGGAAGAACCUCCCAAGAGGCAAGCCGGGAUCAUGGUCUCGUCGGUUGAUGAAUUGGUGCAAAAGUUGAAGGACGCUGGUGCCGUUUAG